AGAACAAUAAAACUAAAUCGUUUUACACCAAUAACCUUUUUUUAUUGACGCUUGUAGUGUACGAAGUGUAAGCAGGUAGUUAGAGUUGCAAGUAUCGAGAAUGGUGAUAGCGUGACAUUCAAAGAAAAUGUAAAUAAGUGGAGGGCUUGAGAAAUGCCAAUGUUAUUUAUAUUGAUAAUAUGCUGUAUACCUAUGAUGCUGUCACAUCUGACUUAUCCAAUAAAUUACUGCGACAUGGCGAAAGUGUGCAUCCACGACAGUCGGGAAGUCUGUGGGUCCGGUCCUGACGCUUGCAGCCUACGAAGGUUCAAUGACCAGUGUGAUAUGUAUGAGUACAACUGUGACUAUGGGACCCAUUUCGAGCCGACACCGUGCGAUGUUGUUACAGUAACCAGCAGAGAUUCAGAUACAGAUUAUCUUGAAAAUGUAUCAAAUAAAAAAUAUUUAGUGAAGAAUAAAAACUCUGUUGAGUACAAAAAUGAAUGUUGGCCACAUUGUAAUAGACCAAACUCUUGGAUAACCACAGCUAAAGGAGAAAAGAGAGAUUUCUUUAGAGUAUUAUUGAAUAAUAAAUAAGAUCUGAAAUAUUAA